AUGUCGAUCUGCGCGAGGAUGGACGCGCCGCGCGGCGGCGCGCUCGGGAAGCGGAAGGAGCGGGAGUACUCGUCUUCGUCGGAGCAGCGGCAGCCGCUGUCCCCGCCGCCGCCGCCGCCGCCCGGGAGACAGGAGCUGCUGCGCAACAAGCCGCACCAACUGUCGCGGUUCGCCAACAAGCCGCCUACCAUGCCGACGCCACCUCCCCAGGGCGGGAGCAGCAAGCUGCUCGCCGGGUACCUGGCGCACGAGUUCCUCAAGUUCGGCACGCUCCUCGGGGAGCGGCCCCCCGCGCUGGGCCGGAAGGAGACCGCCACGCCCGCGCCCGCACCAACACCUGACCCCGCGAGGAGGUACGCCGAGGCGUCGAUGCUGCUCAUGGCGGGCGGCACCCGCAUCCCCGGGGUUUUCAACCCGACGCAGCUCGCCUGCUGGCUCCGGAUUAAGGAGUGA